UAAAAAUGAAAACCCAAACUGGACAAUAAUUAUGGGACGGAGGGAGUACUUUUUUACUCAGUUCCCUAUAGUUACGAAAUAAGUAAAUAUAUAGUUUAUACUACGAAGAAAAAUAGAUUCACCGAAAACUAAACUAAAAAAAUCUACUUGAUGCAACGUGAUUUUAACAAUUUUGAAAAUUGACCUGGGAUCUUAACUAUAGUGCUACCGUCGUCCAAAUGUAAGUAGUCUUAGAAUUUAUCACGAUUAAGGAGUUAAUUGGAGUAAGAUGGAGAUUCAUUAGUCAAAGAGAGAACAAUAGUCAACCAAUAUUAAUGUUUGUAAAAUGUAAAUCUUCAUUUGAUAAUUUCAAAAAACAUGGAGGGCGCGGAUGCAAUUUACAUAAUAAAAUCUCCUUUCCUUUCAUAUUUAACCAAAAAACCUCAGAUACCAUCACUCCCGGCGGCAACCAAUAUAAACCCAGGAAAAACCCUAACAGAAAACGCACUCACACAGUGAUAAAAUUAUGAAGAAGAAGAAGCAGAAGACCACCGGCCCGUCGGAGACCGCGGCGGAGUAUCCUGAUGAAUUAAAAGCCCUUAUUCACUCUCACGGUGUCUUCUUCGACAAGCUAGUUGAACUCAUCCCCGCCCGGUUCUACCUCCCACCGAACGACGACGCAUCGGACAACCCCAGAGCUUACUACCAAGGCCUUUCUAAGGCUGCAAAAGCUGCGGCGAAGAAACAAUCGAGGGCCAAUCGGAAGCUGCUCCGCCGGUACCGUCUUGACCCGGAGAAAAUCGCUCAGUCCUCUACCCUUGAGGUCCUCAAGCAAUCCCUUGAGAGUAAUGCUAAGACGGAAGCACCGACUUCUGGGGAAGAUGUUGCCAGGUCGAUUGAUUUGGAGGAGAAUCAGAAUAAUAAAGAGGAUGGUACUGGGAGUGAAAAUGCUGCUCGGAAUACUGUUACUUAUGAAGAGUUGCGCCAGAGGUUGAGGAAGAAGAUUGAAUCCUUACGAGGGAAUCGGGGCAGCGGCGGAGGUGAUGAUGGUAGCAAUAGGAGUAAUAGGAAGGGGAAAGAGGUUGGUGAUAAUAAGGGUAAGAAAGAUUUGAAGAGGAAGAGGGAUGGUGAAGGCAGUAGCGGGAAGGAUGCGGCCUCAGGGGCAAGCGAAGGCGAAGAGAUAAUAGAGUAUGGGAAGGUUAAGUUAGGGGAUGAUGAGUUGGAAGGUAAGAAAAAGAAGAAGAAGAAGUUAUCGAAAGAGAAGGAAUUAGAAAGAGCAAAGAGGUUGGCAGAGGUGAAGAGGGAAAACCCGAAUGUAGCUGUAAGGGAAUCAUGGAAGGCAGCUGAGAAAAGAGCAAUGGGAGUGAAGGUCCAUGAUAACCCAAAGUUGUUGAGGGAGAGUAUGAAGAAGGACAAGAAAAGAAAGGAGAAGAAUGCAGAGAAGUGGAAGGACCGAGUGGAGACCCAGAAGAAGUCCAAGGAUGAGAGGCAGCAGAAGAGGAAGGAGAAUAUAGAAGGAAGGAUUCAUGAUAAAAAGAUGAGGAAGAUUGCCAAAAGGGAGAAGAAGCUCCUGAGGGCAGGUUUUGAGGGGAGGAAGGAUGAGUAUAUCACCAAAGACUGAGAUUCAUUGUCGUUGAGGCAAAAUGUGGCUGUCUCAUGAUUAGGAAUGUUGCUACUGGUGGAUGAUAGAUGUUUGCUCCCAGAUUGAUGUUCAUAGUAACCAUUGCCGGAUUGCACUCCCUUGCCUGUAGAAAAGAAGAGGGAAUUUUUUGGUUCAAUGUCUCCUUGGUGUACCCCUUAAUCCUUAUUUAAUAAUUAAUACUACUUUGGAUAUUAUAAUUUUUCUCUUGGAAUGAUAUUAUUAUUGCAUCUUACUCGGAGCACAAUCUGAUAGUGAUAUCUACGAUAUCCACAUAUACAAUUUUACAACAAGUCAUUAUGAUCUCAUCAUCAUCUUGUACUCUACUGACCCGUUUCGUGGGAUGAUUCUUUUUCUUGUUUUCUUCUUCAAGAGCGUGAUCCUAAGUACUCUUUGCUAUCC